AGUCCACCAGCCUAAUAGUAUUGAAAAGUAUGUGUAAAUGACGAUAAAGCGUCGGGGAGAAUUUGAAAUGAAGAUCGUAUAUAGCUGAAAUGUCCCUAACAAAGGUUCAUAAAUAGAGCGUGCAGUUAUAUAAGCCUAUAUAAGGCAAAUAAUAGCUAUAGCGUAUCAUGUUCCGCGUUUACUCACACUGACACCUCUGUAUGUCCCAAUAAGGUGGCCUGUUCGGGUGGACUAUAUAUAAAUAUAUAUCUCAAGGAAAAGCCUAAUGUCACGUGACAUACAAAACUCAUGACAGCUGUCAGCUGGGGAGGGAGUCUCCAUUCGGUCUCUGCGUGUUCACAAGGGUCGUAGAAUACGUUCCUCUCAAUCAACAUACUACACACGGCGUGUAUUAGAUGUCCGCUGGUACAAAACGUCUCUCAGACGUUGAUGACUCGUUCUUGUGGUCAACUGAGAUCGGAGAGAAUGUCCAGCACCGACUUCAGACCUACGGACAAGACGGACAGAGAUGGACAGGGAAGAAGGACAAGGCAGUACUGGCCAGAGCAGGUUUCACAUUUACUGGUAUCGGAGACAAGGUGGAGUGUGAACACUGUGGUCUGAAGCUCCUCAACUGGACGGACACAGAUGACGCUCUACACGAACAUGCCACCAGGAGGACUCACUGCCCCUUCAUCGUCUCCUUGUACCGGAAGCUGGGACAGACUCCGCCUCCGAAACAUCCCAAGUACCAAUCUCAACAGGCACGGCUAGACUCCUUCGUUGAUUGGCCGAGAAGAUAUGUCCCCAAAACUCCUGAGGAACUGGCAUCAGCGGGCUUCUUCUACAUCGGGUCAGCUGACCGGGUCACGUGUUUCCAGUGUGGGAUAACUCUGAGAGACUGGGAGGAAGAACAUGACCCUGUGGCGGAACAUCAGAAGUACUCGGAACACUGUCAGUUCAUCAUCAAGAUAGACCUGAACCAGCUUGGAGUUGCUACGAGAACGGAAGAAGGAAAGACUAGCGAACAAUCUGGAGUUUCCCUGACGAAUGACGCUGUCAGACAGAAUGCAACUGAUAACAUUCACGAUACCAGUGACAGCUGUUUAGAAACCAACAAUUCAGAUGAGGCUUGUGGAAUACAAAACACAUAUUCUUCGAUUGAUGCAAGCGUCAGCCAAAUCAUUGGAGGUUUGAAUCUUUCAACGUGUCAGAUAUUUGAAGCGGAUUCUUCGGCAUCUACAGCAGCAUAUUUGCCACGAAGAACCACGCCAACGGGUACUGCAAAUGAAGGUUUGGCUGGGGCUGGGACUGGUUCUUGCUCCACAGAUACACAGGGAGAACUGCCCGGACAAGGUUGCCCUGCCAGACCUGCCUCUCGGCGAUUAGUUGUCGAAAACAAACAUCUCCGUGAAAAAAACACGUGCAGGGUGUGUCGGAACGAGACUGUAGGUGUACUGUUCUUGCCCUGUGGUCAUCUGGUCACGUGUUCUGGGUGCGCAUUCAACUGUACUGAUUGUAUUGUAUGUCGCAAAGCAAUACUUGGAACGGUUAAAACGUUUUUCUCAUAAAAACAAAGAAAUUACAGAAACUAUUUUUAGUAAUCAAUGAAACACUGUGUCGAAAGUCGUGUUCUUAUUUCAAAGGGUAUUUCCUUUAUAUCGUUGGACUGAUGACAUUUUAAGAAUAUUUGUCAAUGACGAUGGUAUGGUUUUUGACGACAUUAUUUUUGUAACCGGAUUCGUCGUUUUAGACCUGGGAAGGAAACGCUGCCCUUUCCUGCAGUGUGUAAACUGCCUGGAUGCUUACACAAGAUGUGAUCAAAAUAUUACAAACAUUCACAAGAAAUACAUCAUCAUCAUCUUCAUCAUCAUCAUCAUCAUCAUCAUCAUCAUCAUCAUCAUCAUCAUCAUCAUCGAAUAACAAGUUCUUGUUUGUUCUAGUUAACCAUCAUCAAACAUCGGUGCCUACUUUUCCUUGCCCCGAAUUUGGUGAUGUAUGACAUUGUAUCCGUCUCCAUGGUGAAAAAUGUGGCGGGGGCAGCGGUUGUCACUAACACUGAAAACAAAUCUUCUUGUCAAAUGGAUAGAUUUUUUGGGAUUCAAUUAAACGGUGACACAAAAGGCGCCGCACGCAAUUCGCCGUGCAUCCCUUAA